UUGGUAUUGUACCAGUUUAAUUUAUUGUUCUUUCAAUCAAAAUGUUGAAGAAGUCAUUUUUGCUGUUUUUGCUUUCUUCGACUGCUUUCGCCCACUAUAUUCCAUCUUCCGGCGACAACCUUGCGGCUACUUCGCCCGAUGCUGAGCAUGAGUCUUUAGGACUGGAGAAGGCCAAUGAGAAUCGCGACGGCGUCGCCAAUGCUUUCGGCAAAUUUGUCCACGCUGGUUCCGAUCUCUUGGAUGCCGUGAAAACCGGAUUUUUGGACACUUUCUCUAACGGAAAGCGCCCUUCUUUGGACGAGCUGAGUAUUUCCCAAGAGAAGGACGUCCCUUCCGACGACGAUGAUGAUGAGAAGGACGACGAGCCUGAUCAUAAGGACGAGAAGAAGGAAAAGGAUGACAAGCAUGGCCACAAGAAGGAUAAGCUGAAGAAGAAGAAGCACCACAAGAGCAAGAACAAACAUCACUCUAAGGAAAAACAUCACAAGAAGGAGAAGGACGACCGUGAGCCUGAGCAUCAUGACAGACCUCCUAUGGACUUUGAACAUGAGCCCGAACAUCACGACAGACCUCCCAUGGAUUUCGAGCAUGGACCUAAGCGCCAUGGGGAGCCUCCUGAGGACUUUGAGCGUAAGCCCGAGCACCACGGAAAGCCUCCUAAACACUUUGAGCCCGGACCCGAUCACCAUGACAGACCUCCCAAAGACUUUGAGCAUGGACCUGAGCAUCAUGGUGAGCCUCCCAGAGAUUUUGAGCGUAAGCCCGAGCACCGUGGUGAGCCUCCCAGAGAUUUCGAGCGUAAGCCCGAGCACCAUGGAAAGCCCCCUAUGGAUUUCGAGCACGAGCCCGAGCACCGUGACAGACCUCCUAUGGAUUUCGAGCAUGGACCUGAGCACCACGACAGACCUCCCAUGGACUUUGACCACGAGCCCGAACAUCACGACAGACCUCCCAUGGACUUCGAGCACGGACCCGAGCGCCAUGGAGAGCCUCCCAGAGAUUUUGAACGCAAGCCCGAGCACCACGGUAGACCUCCCAAAGACUUUGAGCAUGGACCUGAGCAUCAUGGUGAGCCUCCCAGAGAUUUUGAGCGUAAGCCUGAGCACCACGGAAAGCCCCCUAAGCAUUUCGAGCCUGAGCGUGAGCACCACGGUGAGCCUCCCAGAGAUUUUGAGCGUAAGCCCGAGCACCACGGAAAGCCCCCCAAGCACUUCGAGCCUGAGCGUGAGCACCGUGACAGACCUCCUAAGGACUUUGAGCACGAUCGUGCACAUCAUGAGAAGCCCCCUAAGGAGUCUGAGCCCGAGCAACAUGAGAAGCAACCAAAGGAGUCUAAGCCUGAGCAGGAGAUUGAUUUGCAAAUCGUCGACAGUGAGCGUUUGAAGGGUUCUCCUGAGGAUGUUAUUGCUUUCCUGCGCGAGUUUGCCAAGUCGAAUGACCGUGAGUAUGCUGCCCUUCCAACUGAGGCAGGCGAACCCCACUCUGUGGAUGACAUUGAUGACUCCGCUAUGGCAUAUUUUGAGAUGCUGAAGGCCGAAGCAGAGCAACUGGCCGAGGAUGGCGACAGAGACAGUGUCUUUUUUGAGCAGCUCGAUGCGUUCUUGAAGGAUUUGUACCGUAAGCCUGAAUUAAGUCCUAAAGACAAUAUUGCUGACCUUUUCGAGGAGUUCAACCAACUGAUGGAGUUUCUGGCUCACAGUGAGUAUAUGACCGAGCAGGAUUUAGCUCUUCUGGCUCAAACAAUGGAAGAUGAGAUUGACAAGCUCACGUUUUCUGAAGACCUUGAAAAGAAAGUGAUACCUGAGGAUUCUAACAAGAACAGCCCCAAGGAGCAGCAUCCCUUUAUCGCCGAGAACAGUAACAUGGAGGCCUUUCGUAUGAAUGCUUUCCCCGAUUACACCCUUCGUAUCCAGGAAAAUGCUAACCCUGUUGAGCUUGGUAUUGACAAAGUGAAGCAGAUUACUGGUUACCUUGAUGUUGAUGACGACAAGCAUUUCUUCUUCUGGUUCUUCGAGUCGCGUAAUGACCCCGCUAACGACCCUGUUGUUCUUUGGCUGAAUGGUGGACCCGGUUGCUCGUCUUUGACUGGUCUGUUUAUGGAGUUGGGUCCAUCCAUGAUUGACUUGGAUACUGUUAAGCCUAUUUACAACAACUUUAGCUGGAAUGCCAACGCCUCCGUUAUCUUCCUUGAUCAGCCUAUUAAUGUUGGUUUCAGUACUGGUGACGAUUCUGUAAGUGACACGCUUGCUGCUGGCAAGGACGUGUAUGCCUUCCUCAACCUCUUCUUCACUAAGUAUUCUCAAUAUGCCGACAAGGAUUUCCACAUUUCUGGUGAAUCGUAUGCUGGCCAUUACAUUCCCGCCUUCUCUCGGAUGAUCCUUGAGCAUAACAAAGGUGCAUCCGAUGCAUUUGUUGCUGCUGGCUACGAGGAUACGAAGGUGAACAUUAAUUUGAAGAGUGCUUUGAUUGGUAACGGCCUUACAGACCCUCUUGUUCAGUACAAGUACUACUCCAAGAUGGCUUGCGAGAACUCUUAUGGUCCCGUUCUCCCUCAAGAGGAGUGCGACAAGAUGGACCGUAGCUAUGGAACGUGCUCCAAGCUCAUCAAGACGUGCUAUGAUACUGGCUUCACACCCUUCUGUGUUGGUGCCUCGAUUUACUGCAACAACGCUAUGAUGGGUCCCUUCCAGAAGACUGGUCUCAACAUUUAUGACAUCCGUGAAAAGUGUGAUGACGAAGCAAGUCUCUGCUAUCCCCAACUCAACGCAAUUGAGGAGUACUUGAACCAAGCUGAGGUGCAACAGGCACUUGGUGUUGAGCCCACAGACUACAAGGGUUGCAACACGCAAAUCAACAUUGCAUUCCUUUUCAAGGGUGACUGGAUGCGCAGAGACUUCCGUGACGAUGUUACGUUCCUCUUGGACUCUGGUUUCCCCGUUCUUAUUUACGCUGGCGAUGCUGACUUUAUCUGCAACCACAUGGGUAACGAAGCCUGGACCGAUGAGCUGGACUGGUCGGGCCAUUCUUCGUAUGCUCCUUUGGAGUUGAAGCCUUGGAGUGUUUCGAACUCUACCGCUGGUUUGGGUAAGUCUUACAAGCAACUUACCUACCUUCGUGUCUUCGGUGCUGGUCACAUGGUUCCCUUCAACCAACCCGAGGCUAGUCUUGCAAUGCUCAACCAAUGGUUGAGUGGUGAACUCGCUUUUUAAGCGAUUUCCUUUUAGUUCCUCUUAAUACUUGCUUCCUUUUCUUUGCUGUUUUCUCUUCUUUUACUGUUUCGUUGCGUCGUUCGGCGCAGAGCGCUCGUUCGUCAGCCAUUGAGUCGUCUAUACUCCGUUUUAGUUUAGUACAUUAAUGUUAUUGCUGCGAACGCA